UGACAUCUUUUUAAAGUGAAGUGAUUUUAAAAGUGGACCAAACUGGCUAAUUAUAUAUUAGGAUCAAAGGAUGUAUAGAAUUAAACGAUAGACAAUUAAUUUACAUAAAAACCACAUAGUAAACAGUGGGGGAGUUGAGAGACCUGAAUAAGGAAAAUAUAAUAAAUAGAUAAUCAUUGCGUUGACAUGUUUUGACAAAUAAGUGGAAAAAACAAAUGGACUAAGGUUAUUAGGAUUAAUCCUUACAAAUCGUCAUCAAUUAGUACAAACUGUUACAAGGCAAUGAUAAAAUUUAUCAUGGAUUGCUCAGGGGGUCUUAAUGAUCUUUAAGUGGAGGAUAAGGAGCUUGUACCGUAAUCAUAACAUAAUACAGUCUACCAUUAUAUAGGUAGAGAAACUAGUAUAGGUAUAGAAGCACCUGUCGUGAAGUAGAAAUCUAUAGAAAAUAUUAACCAUUGAUUGAAACUUGAUGCGGGAAGUGUGACAUGCAGCAUUUAUCGAAUUUAGAACAGAAUUUAUUGGGUUUUUUGUGUGGUUUUGUUUGCUAUCAAUAGAUAUCAGUUGACAUAGGUCUGAUCAUACUAAUUGGAAAGUCAUCACAGUUAGCAUUUUAAACUGAAAGGUUCUGAAUUUCAAAAGAUUUAAUGCUUGACAAGGAUGUAGAUUGAAAUUCGUUUGUGGACUUUUUUAUGAUCUAAAGAAGUCGUGUGCUGUAAUAAGAAGAACAUCGAUCUGAAAUGUAACAUGAUUUUGUUAUUUAAAUAGAGUGCACAGUUUACUUUUUAUGUUUUACUAUCAUUUAGAGUCAGUUGAUUUACAAGUAGUGGUGAUAAGGUUGUACAUGUAAAAGCUCAGUUUCAUUUGAUGUGAGGAAGUCAAAAUUUCUUUGAAUAUGUGGAUAUUUUCUACUGCCAGAUAAAUAUGUCAGAUGCAAACAGAAUGAUUAGUGGUUAAUGAUUUUUGAAUGCAAAUCACUGCAUAUAAGUUAUUACAUUUAUUCCUUUGACUGAUUUUUAGUGCAUAAGGAACAUUUUUCACAUGAAUAGGACAACGAAAUUUGAAAUUUAAAACUGCAACUCUGGAUUAUAAAGGACAUUUAGCUGAUUGAAACAUAUGGUGAAAUAUAUAAAUAUCAUAAUUCUAUGAAAUGAAAAAGAUUGAAACAGCUGUUAUGUUGCAUAACUACAGGCUCCAGUUGUAAUUAGCUGAUGUGUAUUUUACUGCAGUUAAUUGUUAUGUUACUGGAGAAAAAACAAAUAGAUAUAGACUAGUACGAAUAAAAUAUUUGUGUUUCAAGGUUAAGAAUGUUGUGAAACAGAAAAGGCAGGAAAAGUUUAUCUGAUGCAGUAACAUAUGGACAAAAUUAUGUCAUUUUUAGUUAUUUGUUAAUGAUUUUUUUUAAUUUUGAGGCUGAUCAGAAGUAGUGAUGCAUUAAUAUUGGAAAAAGGAAUAUUAUUUUAAAUGCACAUGCAUUCUGAAUACCUAAUUUAAAUAAAGAUAGAAAGUCUUUAUGGAAUAUUGCAUAUUGCACUUUGAAUCGCAAAAAACCAUUAAAUACAGUGCAGUGGUGCAUGUCUUCUGGGGAAUGUAAUAGAUUUGUGGAGAAGUAAAUUUGUUUGUAGAACAUUAAUGGAAUGGGCUCCCCAAUUUUAUAAUUAAACUACAAAGAGAUAAUGGAUUAGGCAAAUAAAUUGAAACAUAUGGCAGGGUAUAAUAUUUUAAAGAUGAUUCAUAAAAGUGUAUAAAAAAAAUAAAUAUUGUGUAGAAAAUUACAGGUGACGAUUGAGGAUUGAAUGACAAAGAUAUGUUAUCGGAUUUAAGUAAUAUCUCACCGAUAAGAUCAAAUAGUUUUGUUAUUGAUAAUACACUGAUGAAAACAUAGAAAAGCUGUAUAGCAUAUGGUUAUACAAUUAACAUUUAAAUUUUGCAAGAGAUGUAAAAAGUGAAAUUUUAUAGACCAAAACCUGAUGCUUGCCUGUAAUCAAAGAAAUUUGUUAGCUACAAACAACAAAAAGGUUGGAUGUGGAAAUAUUUAUUGAGAAGUUAACUACCCAAUCUAUAGAAAGUUCUUUGAAUUGUGAAGUUUGUAAACAUAAUCAUCAAAAUGACUGAUCACUCUACACUCCAUGAAACUGACGAGAUCAGCUUCAAUUAUAAAAAUGUGGCAAAGAAAAGCGAUAAAUCUAGCAUACCAGAGAACUAUGAUGUAGAUUCUGGGUUAGUAAUGCAAUUCGAUGAUUCUGACAAUGGCAAUGAUUCGAUACCUGAUGGGAGUUUACAGAAAUUUGAUAAUGUCUGUCUUUUUCAUGAAGAGGACAAGGGAGAAAACUCUAAUACAUUUCACAAUUCUUUGAAUGAUAAUUCAAAAACCACCACAGCAAAGCCAUACAUUUGCAAAUUUGAAAGUGAAUAUGGUGAUUUUGAAUGGGAUAGUGAAAUGACCGAGGAGUCUGAGGAUAGUGGGACCAUAGAACUCACUGGAAGUCAUUCUUUGAUAUCUGAGGGCUUUUUGGAAGAGGAUUUCAUUGAAAUGGAGGAAAUCGUUUCUGGAGAGAUUUCUGAUAAGGAAGAAUUUACUGACAAUCAGUCAGUCACUAUUUCAAACAUUUUUGAGGAGAAAGCAGAAAAUUUUGUAAUGGCAGCAUUGUUUGGGGCAUCAGAAGAAGGAAAUUUACAAGGAAUAAAAGAUCUAGUGAAAAUGGCACAGAAUAUAGAUUUGUUGGCCACUAAUAAGCAUGGUGAAACUGCUUUACACAUGGCAGCCAGCGGAGGUCAUACAGAAAUUAUAAAAUAUCUCCAAUCUAAAGGGGCAGAUGUCAAUGUUGUUGACAAGAAUGUAGAUGGUUUGAUUUACUGGGCAGCAAGACAAGGACAACAGGAAGUCAUAAAGUACCUUAAAGAAGAAAAUGUCUCUCUCGACACACAAAACAAGUCUGGAGAAUCUGCCUUACAUGUAGCAGCUCGGUAUGGACAUUCGGCUGUUAUUGCUUAUCUUGUGUCUGAAGGUGCUGACCUGAACCUGCAAGAUACGUUAGGUGAUACUGCCUUACACAGUGCUGCCUGGCACGGGUUUAAUCAGAUUGUAGCUUCUCUGUCUUCUGGUGGAGCUGAUCUUAACAAACAGAAUAAGGAUGGAGAAACAUCAUUACAUUGUGCCGCAGCAAGGGGAUACCUAGACAGUGUGAAAACCCUGUUAGAUAGUGGUGCUCCAAUCAACCAGAUAGACAAGAUGGGAUGCACAGCAUUACAUUUGGCCUGUAACCGUAGACACAGCAACAUAGCUAUGUUAUUACUUCAUGCUGGAUGUAAUAUUGAUACUGUAGAAAAGGAGUCUGGUGACAGCCCUUUACACUGUGCUGUAAAAGAAGGUAUGACAGCAGUGGUUCAGACGAUGUGUGGUUACGGAUGUCAACCUAAUGUUGUCAAUAAGGUAGGACUUACACCAUUACAUAUAGCAAGCAAAGAUGGACAUUCAGAAAUAGUCAGGGCAUUGUUAUUAAGGGGAGCUAAUCCAGACUUAUACUACAAGGAUGGUGUUACAGCUGAAAUAAUGGCAUUGGCUCAAGGUUAUACGGACAUCUCUGAUAUCCUCAGUAAAGUCAAAGGGGACAGAGGAGAGGUCUAUGUAAGCCAGUUGGUGCCAUUACCUCAAGCAUUAUCUAGAAUCAAACUGAAAAUAUUUGGUGCUAGUGGUGUAGGGAAGACUACAUUUAUUGAGUCCAUGAAAUGUGGCAUGUUUUCUGGAUUCUUCAGGAGGUCAUCUACUAAACUGUCCAGCCAAUCAGCUACGAGUUUAACUAAAGGAAGAGAUGGCAAGCUGUCGCGACAAUACAGUCUUCCUAUACCAUUGACAUAUAGUGUCAGUAAUCCAACAUACACCAAGGGCAUUAAUGUACAACAGACAAACAUAUCAGGAAUAGGAGAACUGAGUAUAUGGGAUUUCUCUGGUUAUGAACCUUACUACAUGUUAUAUGACCAUUUCAUGGGAGAUACAAACUGUAUAAACAUAGUGAUGUUUAACUUGUGUGAUGAUGUUGCUGAGCAAGUGGCCCAAGUCAUAUUCUGGCUGGGGUUCAUUAAAGGCAGGAUUUCGCCACAACUACCAUUAGGGUACAGUGGAAGACUGCCUGUUAGACCAAAGAUCUUACUGAUAGCCACACAUGCUGACAAAGAGAGAUGUCCUAAGAAUUCUAGAGGAGAGCAUACUGCCACAGACAAUAUAAGGACAGUAUAUAACAGAGCCCAGGAGAUGUUUGGGUCAGAUAUAGAGCUAGUGGACAGGAUAUUUAUAAUGGAUGCUCAUGCUGCCUCAUCUCAUGAUAUGAAAGCAAUUAAACAUCAGCUGUGUUUGGUAAAAGGUCAAAUUUCAAAAGAUUUACCAAAGUCCAGUAGAUUUUUUGAUGCCAUGGUGUUGCAGCUAGUGUCAUGGAGACGAGCAUCUUCAUCAUUUCCUGUAUUGUCCUGGCAGCAGUUUAUUGAUUAUGUGAGGGCAAAGGUCAAUCCAUUGGCUGGUGAUGAACACAUGAAGCAUUUGGUUAAACAGUUACAGUUUACAGGAGAGGUGAUCUACCUUGAAAGUGAUACUGGCCAGGAUCUCGUUGUACUAAAUCCACACUGGCUCGGUAGUGAUAUCAUAGGAAAUCUGAUUUCACACGAGAAAAUCAUCCAGUCUCGCAUCACUGGCUGUUUUACCGUAGAUGAUUUCCAGUUGAUGUAUCCAGAGACUGAUGCCUUAGACUUGUUGCAAGUUUUAGAAACAUUGGAAGUUUGUACUCAGUGUGACUCAGAUGGAGAAAUAGAAUAUGAAUUCCCAUGUCUAAAUUUUGUAGAAACUUUAAAUGGUCUCUGGCAGAGAGAUACCAAAAGGUUUGGAGACGGUGUAUAUGGUGGGGUCCGAAUACAGUCAAGUCCGUUUUAUGUGAACCAGUUAGUUCAUUUGUUUCCAAGGGUACAGGUUCUUUUAAGACGGACUGUUCUCCAUGAGACUGAAGAUCCCGAGGCUGAGUUGUAUCAGUGGCAUUAUGGGUCCAAAUACUGUUGUGCAGAUUUAGAAGGAAUGAUAAGUAUGGACCCAAUGUUUGACUGUAUUGAAAUCAAAGUAAGAGGACCGAAUGAUAAGAGAACGCAAAUUUUCUAUUUUCUAGAGGAUUUUAUCAAUGUUGUAGAACAGGUGAUACUUAAUGUUUGUCCUGGAGUUUGUACAGAACGACAUAUUCUUAGUAGUCAGGAACUUAAGGACCACCAUCGAAAUGUCCGUGCAUAUUCACCGAAGGAAAUGAUAAAGAUGCAGUUAGAGAAAAAAACAUGCUUGACUCUGUGUGAUUCAAAACAAGAAGAAUUCUCAGACAUUGUUUGCAUGGGUUCAAACGAAAUAGUCCAAAAUAUCUGUCUCGGAGUAGAUUUACCGGUAUCUCAUUUAACAAUACACUCAAGACAACGCCUUGCUCAAGUGCUUGAUCCUGUCGAUAAGAUGGGUCGGGAUUGGUGUCUUCUAGCAGUGUCGUUAGGUCUUGAACAUUUACUUCCUGUUUUAGAUACUAUUGACGGGAAUAUAGAAAGUAAGACGGACAGAGUGUUAGUGGAAUGGUCAAAGGUGUGUACUAAUCCAACCAUCGGUCAGUUGAUUUCGAAAUUAAAAGAACUUCAUCGUGAGGAUGCUAUCGAAGUUUUACUGCAGUCAGGACCUAUAUUUAAAGUAGUGGUUUAUGACGAUCAUAGUACUGAUGAUAGCCAGGCAGCAGGCCCUACAGGGACUGAUUCUACAAAUACACUGUCCAAUGUAUCCAGAUGACUAGGAGAGUCAAAUUAGAUCUUUUACAAUUAAUAGUUUACAACAUUGAUUCAGUAUCAUUGUAAUGAAAUGAUAUGAUGUAAAAUCAAAUCAAACAUAUGUCAAAUUUAAUGCUGAAAGCCACACAUUUGGAGUAUUUUCAUGUGAGUGAAGGAAAAAAAUAUUUUUAUUGCUGUUUUUUACACAGCAAAGUAUUUUUUUAAAGAAAAUUACAAAUCAAAACGAUCAAGCAAUUGUAUAAUAGUCCCAAUCCAGAUAAACAUUCAAGUUUUCAAAUGUCUAAAGGAUCGAUACGAAAGAGAUUUUUAAUUUUUAUGUUCAUUAUGUAUAUUUUGUUCUUGUCAUUGGUCAGUUUUUGUACUCUUAAACAUUCCUCUACCACCAGUUUUGACAAUCCUUAAGAAAAUGUGUAAACAUUAUGAUAUUGGUGAAAAUUGGGUAUUUUCACUUUUCACAUAUUUAGAAAAUAGUUUUUUUCUUGAUCACUAUGUGUUUUAAUGAAAUUUUAUAUUUUGCAUUUUUAUCAAAUAAAUUGCUGCGUUGAACCACCCAAGUAUUUAUAGGCUUUUCAUUUGAUAAAUGAUAUUGUUACAUAGUAAAAGAAAAAAAAAAAUUUUGAUACAUUCUUAUUUGAAAUAGUGUACUUAUAAAAAAAUUUAUGUAGGCCAAACAAACAAACAAACAAAUUUUUUUUUGGUCAUCAGACUAACCCCAGUUUUCAGCAUUUCAUUUGAAAAAUAGAAAGUUGAGAAUGAAAUUCUUUGAAGUAAACAAUAAUGGUCUUGUUCUGUAGCAUAAAGAUAAAAUACAAAGGUCAAAAUUUAGUUUAUUAUAAUUUAAUAACCGUAUACAAUAUAAAAUUUUAAUUUUGGUUGGAAAAAAAGAUGAUAAGUUGUGCUUAAAUUCUAAUUUGAAAUAAGUAUGACUUUUAAGAUCUAAAAAUUUUGUAAAUUGUAUUAGCAAGGAUGGAAUAUAACAUUCCGAAGCAAAACCUCAAAUAGUUCAAAACUUAGUUUUGCUUUUUCUCGUAUGUGCCUUAUUACAUAUUAUUGAACCAUUUCUGUCUAGCUUAACCAAAUGAUUUUUUUUAUAGUUUUAUAAGGCUUUGAAUUUGCUUUAUUUUAUCAAUGCUUGAUGAACCAAAUGUAUAACCCUACCUCAUUUACAUAAUUCAUAAUAGAACAAUCACAUAAUUAAUAAUAUUUUUAUUUUACUUGAAUCUCACCUUGUAAUGUUUCAGGUGGUGAGAAUUAUAGUAGUCUUAUUACAAUCUUCCUCAUUUUAUAUUUAGUCAUUUUAGUACAAAGUAUCAAAGUUUUGUUAAAAGGGGUAAUUUUUUUUUUUAAGUGUUAUAUUCAGAAACCAUUUCUGUUGACCUAUUACAAAACCAUGUAAACAAAGUUUUAUGAAGUCUGUCUGUAUCGAAUUCAAUCUGUUCUGGACACCAUGUGACUUGAACUGUACGUUGUAUAGUCAUUCAUAUGCAUAUUUACCUUAGUAAAGUGAUAAAACCACAAAAGAUAUACAGUACGUGUGUGAAGAUGAAAUUGAAUCAGUUACUAUGUAACAAGGACAAUAUAUUAUUGUUAUUGCAACUCAAAAUACAGAAACCAUAUAUUUACAUUAAGCAUGCUACUGAGAGGUCUUUCAGAAACUAAUAUUUUGGGAUUCUAAUGAUGUAUAAUUUUUAAUUAUAAAUGAUUAUUUGAUAUUAAACAUAAAUAAUGAUA